AUGAGGCGUAUAUUGGUGGCGAUAAGGCAAAACAUCCAAAACAAGAGGAAGAGUCCUAAAGUGGCCGAUGAAAGCAUGUUUGGGGAAGGAAAUGGAGCUGAGUUUCCAAAUCUAGCUAGACAUACAAGGCAAGGAGUUCCUAACGGUCUUUCACUUAUAUAUAGCAUCGUAAGAGCUCCUCUCUCACUUGUUUCCUGCAUAUCAUGUCACUCCCAUAUAAGUGGUGCUGCCGAUGGAGUCUGGGUUUCUGGAGAACUUGCACAGAUUUCUGACGUUAAUCAUCUUAUAGUCAACGACAGCAUGCGCUACGCUAUUUUGAUGUAA